AUGGCCGCUCCGUAUCGCCCGCCAUAUAGGGGACGAUCCCUAGCGACGCCCACCACACUCUGUCAGAACUACGAAUGCAAAGCUUCCGCGCAGGAGCGACCUUACGCCUCGCGGCCCUCGCGGACACAACAGCUGUUCAACCCAAAGCUUGUCCCUAAGCUGACGAGCGACGUCCCUAACGACCUUCUCCAGAAGAAAGGCGUAGCGGACCAGCUUCUAGCCAAGAACGCCGAAGAGCGUGGCCGUAAGCGCGCACCUGACGGCGAUGACACGACCGCCCCUCCUCGCAAGCGCACCCGAUCCGUCUCAUCAUACUCCUCCUCCACCGUCUCCACCAUCUCAACAAACCUCUCCCGCUCACCUUCCCCAAAGCGCGCACCACCCCGCGACCGCAUCCAAGCUAGCAUCCCACCACGCGAGGGGCCCCCGCACCGUAGCCGUAGCCCUGACCGCAAGAGGCGGAGGCGCUCAUACUCGUCAUCGCCGGACUCCGACCACAAGAACCGGCAGAGAGGCAGGGAGCCCGACCGUAACACCAGGCGCAGACUAAGCUCGUUCAGUCCCGACGGCCGCGGCCGACAAAUUAGCAGGUCUUCUGACCGGCGGAAACCCACACGAAGUCGCGAGGAGAACAGGAGCCCUCUGAACCGGCGACUGCGUUCUCCGUCGCCUUAUUCAGGCCGGCGCGACUCAGCUCCGCGGAGGAGUCCACCGCGGAGAAGUCCACCGCGGAGAAGACCACGGUCCCGCAGUCCGGCCAGGAAUGGAUCGAGUCAGCAGGGCGAUGGGCGCAGUAAUCGGCUGGGUGGAUUCGAUGACAGGCCGCCAUUGAACGGCGCUAGCAAUAGUGCCUACGCCGGUCGUCCACCUCCCCACGUGCGAAGGGAGCGGAGCUUGAGUCCUUACAGCAAGCGCUUGGCUUUGACGCAAGCAAUGGGCACGGGAGGAGGGGGAGGAGCUCCGCCUUGGAGAUGA